GUUGAAUUUUUUUUUUUGCGGAGAUUGGCGCGGGACCAAGGUUCUUUGCCGCGUCCCUUGGCGCUAAGUUGGUUAUUACCGCCAAGCGAUCGUCAUCUGCCGGGGCUCGGUCUCAUUUAGCUUGUUUCUGUCCUUUCUGUCCAGGAACUGAAACGGCCUCUGGUAUUCUUCUGGCUACACGUUUGUCCUAGGAUCUUAGCACUGCUUUUUUUUUUUUGGUUUUACCAACCAUGUUUCUGAUGUGGUGACAGUUCCAUCCACUGAGCUUUACAAAACCAUGACUGGUCGAAACCCCGAGAAGGGGCAGCGCUAUAUUGAGUCUCUGGAUACCGCUAGAUGCAACGAUAGUUGGAAUGACGUUCCAGAGCUCGUUCGAAAAGUUGAAAAGCAUUGCCCGGAGCGAAAAUGUCUGGUGGCGGUUGCGCGUGCCGAGUGUCAUGUCGCAGCCUACCUGAACAAGCGACCUACCACUUCCUCCACCGGCUCGGGAUCCACAGAGACAAAGCUCCAUGAUCUCAUACCAGGAUUGCUGUCUGUAAUGGGGGAGGAAGGGAGCCCGCCACAGGAUGUUUUCCAAGCGCAAGUGUGUUUGGGCUGGUUGCAUUGGGCACUAUCAGAACCUGCACUGGCGGCCUCCCGUCUGCCCAAAGAUUUCGAUAUAACACUGCAUAUGUUGUCUGGGGAUCAACAGGUCCUAUCGCCCUGGACAGAAGUCUGCAUUAUAAAGGGCGGAUAUAUGAAGGGCUCAGCUCAGGCGUUAGUUUCGGGGUCAGAGGAUGCGAUACGCACUUUCAAAUCAGUUUUACCUUGGGUUUCCGCUCCGGUUUCGAACUCCCCGUCAAGUCCACAAUUCCUAUUCUGGUCUGAACAGUUAUUGGCUAAGGCCGCCCUCAUUGCAAGCGAAGCUGCAUCCGAAGGUCCCCUGGCAAAUGAGCAAACUGUCGAGUUCGCCUUGAAGGCAUUCCGGCUCUGGUCAUCCCACCGUAACGUAAAACAAGGUGACCCGGCAUCAACUGUUUUAAGCACUGCACCAGCGAGCCCAGGGUCAAGAGCUUCGAUAUGGCAAACCUAUUACACGCUUUUAUCAUCGACUUUGCGCCAAGUAGUUUACACUUGUCCGUCGGAGAGCCAGAAGCGUGCCCAAUUGACAACGGAAUUCCGUCGUGUGGAGGCUAUUUGUGAAAAUAUUGUGAUUAAAAAUACAACCUUUCCAAAGGCAGAGGUUAAAAAUAGAGAAGUUGAGGCCUGGGUAGAACAGUUCAUCCAAAAUUGGGAGGUCCUUUCUGGGUCAGAGUGGCGGGACAACGAUUUCGGGGAAGGUGGACAGGAUGCUUUUUCUCGCAACGUUCUGGAUAUGCUGUAUCGAGCAGCUACCAUGACAUUUCAUUCUACCCUCAUCCUACGCCGCCUUUUCCAUGUCCACGCAGCUUUAGCCGAGUUUAACCUUGCGAUCAAAGCACUAGAAACAUACAUCGAUCUCACUACUAGCGCAAAAGCGCGGGCAAAAAAAUCUCCGGAGGCUGCAGGUGAGCUGGAGGACGAUGAGAUAUUCGCCCGCACACUUUCCGAGGGAAUCACCAUGCUAUCUUGCUUCGGCUCCUAUAAGGAAGCGGAAAAAGCAAAGGAAUUGACCGAUAUGCUACAAGAAUUACUCAAUGAGCUGAUGAGUAACAGCUCGACGACCGAUUUACCCAACGGACGAGUUUCACCAGAGUCAAUCACUGCCUCUUCCCAUAGCAGAGCUUUGUCUCCCAUAGCAGCUUCCAUAGCAUAUCGGGCUAUCGGAAUAGGCCUCGCGAAUUGGGCAAGAUGGACUCCAAUCAAUGAAGCACGAACUGACAUCCAAGCUGAUGCUCUAGCUGCAUUUGAAAAAUCCCUGGCUUAUGAGUCCCCAGAGGGCACAGAUGUGGCAUUGUCCUUCGCAUUUGGACUCCUGCUUGCAGAGACUAGGGACCUUAACGGCGCGAUUGAUUGUGUUCGGGCCGCAUUGGUGUCGGCUCAGUCCGUGGACGCGGGCGCGCAUGGACAAUCGCAUUGGACUAGUACCAAGGAGCGAGAUCUUGUACCGCUAUGGCAUUUACUAGCUCUUUUACUAAGUGCAAAACAAGAUUUCGAGGCUGCAAGCAAAACAUGUUAUGCCGCUUUUGAAAGCGUGCCAAGCGUCGAUUUUCUUCAUGAACAAAAUGAAAAGCUUUCUCAGAAUAAGCGACAAGACCUCGGGGAGAAAUCAGCUCAUUGGCUGUCAGCUGCCGCCAUCGAGAUGAGUAGAGGCACACCUAACGAAAUGGAAGCACGAGAGAAAGAGAGCAUUAUUGAGCUACGGAUUACUCAGCUUACGCUGCUGGAAAUACUGCACGGCCCAGAGUAUGCACUAAACCUUUCUGAGGAAUUGCUCAGCCUUUACGGUCGUUUGUUCACGAAUCCCGAACUUGAUAAAAAAAUCGAACCAAAAGGGUCGGAUAAUCUCAUACCCCCUAAGAGUUCAGCGGGAACAACUCGAAGCUUCCGCGGUAGUAUUUUCGGCCGAAGGAAGAGUGUUAAAUAUGGAGAGAAAGACAACCCACUUAGGGCAGAAGCCAAUAUUACCCCAAGAGUACCAUCAACCUCGUCUGGAGGUGUUCCUACUGAUCCAGACGCACCAACAAUUCAAGUUACGGAUGAGGAUCGGUUUGCAUCAAGCGAGCAUCCUCACUCAGAGGCCACCGGUGGUUCUGCACGGCACAAAAUUCAUCGGCGGGACGGUAGCACGAAAUCUAUACCACCACGCAGCUCAGACAAAUCAGUUCGCUCAACUGGCGCAAAUACAAUCAAAAAACACCAACGUCAACAUGCGGAGGAAAACUCAUCGAUAUCCGCCAACGCACUCCCCCAAGUCCCUCGAAACGAACAUCCACCUCAGGGUCAUGUAUCAACACAUCAUGACAAUCAUAAAACGCACGGCAAAGAGUUCACUUCCUCCUGUUGUCCACCAAGAAAUCUACUCCGAUGCGGCCUACGUUCACGAAGCUUUCGCUUCGACUCCCCUACACGCGCACUCACUCGGUUUCCGAAAGUCCAGACGCAAAUACACGCCCAUGGUUUGCUGAUUAAAAUAUGGUUGUUCAUCGCAGGACUUUAUCGACGUGCAGGACUCUUCGAGGACGCGCUAGAAGCCUGCAAUGAGGCGUCAGAACAAGCCAGGUGUGUGGAAACACUCAUUGCAGAACAGGAGUCUUCAGCGAGAGCUUUCGCCGACGCAGGGUGGGGAGGCACAAAGAGUUCAGACGAGCUUUGGGGGGAUGUGUACGCUGAAAGAGGCAAUCUCGCGCUGGCGCAAUCGCACCCAUAUGACGCAUUCAACCAUUUUGAAGACGCUCUUAUGUACUAUCCAGACCACCCAUCAGCCACAGUAGGGCUGGCUAACCUACUUUUGGAUAUCUACGAUCAAACUUUGCCUCCCGAGAAGCCUGAACCCGACCUGGACACCAUCACAUCUGGUGUUUCUCUCUUGUCAUAUUCGUCAAAGCUCAAAGCAAACUCCCAGACGCACGACGGCGAGCAGACCAGUGGCAACAGCGGCCCUUCUCUAUCACAGGAAAGCACACCCGAAGCCCUGGAUCGGCUUGCUGCACGUGAUAGGGCGUAUGGCCUUCUAUCCGCGUUGACCAAACUCGGGAGCGCGUGGGAUAACUCCGAAGCGUGGUUUGCGUUGUCAAGAGCCUAUGAGCAAAGCGGGCAAAUUGAUAAAGCUAAAGAAGUUCUCUGGUGGUGUGUGGAGCUUGAGGAUAAAAAACCUAUCCGACAUUGGUGGAACGUUGGCUCUGGAGGAUAUGUCCUAUGAGCUACUAUCGAUGAAGGCACUCCCUACAAGAGCUUCAGUUAUUUUUUUCUAUUGAGCAAUUAAUGUCACAUUUUACCCCUGACCCAGUUUUCGCUUGGUGUAAUUUUUGUUCGUAUUAGAUAUUAUUUCCUUGGGCACAGGAAUACCCACUCCACGUUUUGAGCGACAUCUGUCUCAUGAAAACGCCUAUUUGCCCCGUGUCUAUGCUUUGAAUGUGACUAAGUUGCUUCUUUUCGUGUUCAGCAAGUAUGAUAUUGAAUCGUCUAUAUAAUCCAGAUCUGCUGACAUAGAAUACAUUGCUGUCUUUCCCGAAAUCUUCAUUCACUGUGAAUAAAGCAUCAAUUUCUAUCAGCAUAGAGAAGAGAAUAUAUACAAUUUUUUAAUGUAGCCGCCAACCAGCACUCUUCAAAGCUCGAAACGUGCAAUUAAAGACGCCUUUGGCAGAGUCUUG